AUUGUAAAAUUUUCUCAAACUCUGUCGGCAAAAUGUGUGAGCCUGCCUGCGACGAUUUGGAGACCUUCAAUCCCCAAGUGGAGUUCCAGAAGUUUCUGAAACGCAAGCCAAUCGUCCAGACAGCCAAACUCUACGAGAAUCUACAUAAGCGCGAGGACAUCAAGUGUCCCUACAGCUUCAAGGGCUAUGGCGUGGAGACGGACACCAAUACCAUGUACCGCACUUGCAACUCGGAGUACGGCUACUAUGCCCCCAAUGUCUAUACCAUACCAAAGCGCUUCCAUUCGCGCGGCCAGAAGUUCUCCAACGAGGUGGCGCGCUUCGGCAUGUACCGCAACUUCUCCCUGAAUACCCACAUUGAUGCCACAUUCUACUAGACUUUGGUUGCUGUUCCCACUUGUCAGCAAUCCUUUUAUGGUUUUCUAAAAAUGUUUAAAUCCGUUCUUAAGUCAGCAAACACCUCCAAACACCAGUACUUUAUCCCUUCUUUGGACACCAUUUAGAUAGCACUUAACGACUAUUUAAAUCCCUAAAAAUCGUAUAUGUAUGUAACAAGGAAAUAAAAUGGCCAUACUCGGUGUUUCUUCAUUUAUCA